AUGAACAGUAUAGAAAUCACUAUUAAUAGAUGUGUCGACUGUGGAGGCUUAAUCCGGCCUUCCCAAAACAGAUGCCAAGCCUGUCUUGACAGGCUCCAGAAAGACCCAGAAACUGUGAUUUUCAUGACCGUAAUGGAAAUCGUCAAAGAAAAAGUAAUUGUUUUUAACACCGUCAUGCAGAAUAGAAUUUCAAUGAUAAAAGAAGACAUUAUCACUGCUGUGACUGAAGAGACCUUAAGAUUCCAGCAGCUUUUAAACGAAAGUAUCACAAAAAUCGACUCCUUUGUUGAGCAAUUGCAAAAUAUCGAAAAUGAAGAAUUGCCGCAUGAUAUGAUUGAGCAGAUUACUUCUAGACAAGAUAUAAUUAGCAUGUUAGGGAUCCCUGAACUCCAUAUAAGCAUGGACUCUGACGAGGUCCAAGAUGGGUUUAGAAAAGCUUUGAGUGGGGAGUUUAUUUUUUUCAGAGAAAUCAUCAGACGAAAUAGCAACAACGAGAAUCUAGAUUCUGAAUAG